AUGUCUAAGGCUGGGAUCUUAACAGCAAAUAAAUACAAAAUAAAUUUAAAUCUUUGCUCUCUGACCUACAUCAGCCAGCCCUCUGAGUGGUCCUGCCUGUUGCGACACACAGCUUUUGGCAUCACCUUUGUCAUCUGCAUGUCGUGUGUACUGGGUAAAACUAUAGUGGUCUUAAUAGCCUUUAGGGCAACGCUCCCAGGAAGUAAUGUGAUGAAAUGGUUUGGGCCUGCACAGCAAAGACUCAGUUUUGUGGAUUUCACUUUCAUACAGGCUUUGAUUUCUUUACUUUGGCUGACAAUCAACCCUCCAUUUCCAUACAAAAACAGUCAAUAUUACAAAGACAAGAUUAUACUGGAGUGUGCCCUGGGAUCAUGGAUAGGGUUCUGGGCAGUGUUAGGAUACAUAGGCUUCCUGGCUAUGUUUUGUUUCAUACUUGCUUUUUUGGGCCAAAGGCUGCCUGAUAAUUUCAACGAGGCUAAGUUUAUCACAUUUAGCAUGCUGAUAUUCUGUGCAGUCUGGAUCACCUUCAUUCCAGCUUAUGUCAGCUCUCCUGGGAAAUUUUCUGUUGCUGUGGAGAUAUUUGCCAUUCUGGCAUCAAGUUAUGGAAUUCUAUGCUGUAUUUUUCUCCCCAAGUGCUACAUAAUUUUGCUAAAACCUGAGAAGAACACAAAGAAACAUUUGAUGGGUAAAGGCACCUCAAGAUCCCUUUGAAAUGUUUGCUUAAACAUAACAGAAUUUUAAAAUGUUUGUCCUUU